CUUUAUAAAUUACCUGCAUUUUUGUAAAUCAAAGCGCAGUACGAUAAUACGUGGGUUGCACUGCCGCCCAUGACAUAUUUGAAGGUCCAAUUAAAGGCCACUCUUGUCUUAUCUACGUAUUCAGUCAAACACAUGAGCCUCAAUGUACAAAAUACCGAGGUUCUCCUCGCCUGGCUCACAGCCUGACGCUCUCAGUCUCAGGCGCCCCCGAAAGCCCAGUAGGUUGACUGAUUAGCUACUUCGCCCCUAACACAUUGAUUUUUAUAUAAAGAAUGAGAUCUACGCUCCCAGGGUAUUAUACUGCUGUCAUCAUCAAGACCUCCAAGUCGAAUAGUUUUGUAUUUGGCAAUGUCGUGUGCCUCCAGUAAAAGCUCGCCAACUCGGGGAACCAGCCCAUACAAAAGCAAGCUGAGAUCAAACUCAAAACAAAACCGAGAUAUCCGUGCUUCGAAGUUGCAAAUUAAACUAGAAACCACGCAGAGAGAUAUUUUCGACUGGUACGAAUUGAAUGAAUACAAAAAUGACGCCGGGGCGAUCUUCUCCCCGGAGUGGCAAGGUCGGCUGAUCGAAUGGGGCAAAGAGUUCGACAGCAACAGCAUGUCUGGUAUAUGCGAUGAUAUCAAAUCGUAUGAGAAGAAUCCUGAGGAGCUAGAGCUUGGACGCCUUUUUCAAGCACAUCCAGUUGCAGCCUUUUCGCUCUGGCAUGUCCUACAAUCCUGUUACGAACUCGACAGGAUUAUCUGCGGCACAACAAUGCAGAAUCGAUCCGAUAUAGCCGAGUGGCAGAAGCGGCGCCCUUUCCAGUAUUUUCUAUCUCAGGACAUCGCACGCUGCUGGCAAAAGAACCUGACUGACUUAUUAUCCGAGUCCGAGGCGGAGAGCUGUACCGACGAGUUCCAGAGAGAGAAGCUAGCCAAACGCCUACAGCGCAUUGCUCAGGCCAUCCAUGCUCUCAAGGAAGCCAUUGAGACUCUCACUUCUGUAUUUGAAGGAAGAAGAAAAGAGCUGGCCAACGCAUUUUGGAUGUUAAAGGUAGUGAAGGAAAACGUUGAUAAAAGAUGGCCGCAAAUGGCAGGUACGCAAGAGGAAGAUCGGGGUUAAUAACGGGGUGCCGCGCAUCGACUAGCAAAAUGGGCAAGAGAUGCAAAAUGAUCCGAAGAUUAGCCUAUGUAUUAUAAAUGAAUAAGAUUAGUAUUGCUGAAGAACUCUUUAAUUACAUCAUAUG